GAUUUGAAACAAGUCGAGGAAAACCAACGCGAACCAUCUUAUUUUCUACUGAAAGAGUGACUCCAAAUAGCUGGGAAAGUGGACUUUUCAUUCUAUUCUUGGUUUUCUUUGCUAUUAUUGCUGAUGGCUAUGUGCUUAAGAAGGUAAACAGAGUCCUAGCUUACUUGGGCAAACUUCAUAUUGUGGGAGGGGGAAAGAGAUUCAGGUUUUAUCAGGAUUGUAGAAUCCUACUAGGAGCAAAUAGAAACUUCUUUCUGAGUUGUUCUAUAAUUAUAACUUCUGUGAUUCCCCCAGAACUGCCAAUGGAGUUAUCAAUAGCUGUUAAUACCUCUUUAAUUGCAUUAGCACGCGGUGGUAUUUUCUGCACAGAACCAUUCAGAAUACUCUUUGCUGGGAAGGUUGACGUAUGUUGCUUUGACAAAACAGGGACUCUUACAUCAGAUGACAUGGAGUUUCAAGGAGUAGUCGUAUUGGCUUAUGAUGCAAAUUUAGAAUCAGAUGCUAUUAAACUGCCUCUACGCACUGUGGAAGUUCUCGCAGCGUGUCAUGCUUUAGUUUUUGUUGAGAACAAAUUGGGUGGGGAUCCUCUCGAAAAGGCAGCACUUAAAAGGCAUAGAUUGGAUAUACACCUCUGACGAGAAGGCCAUGCCUAAAAAAAAUGGCGAACACAACGACGAAGACCGCAGGAAAAGACGAAGAACAGGUUUUGGGUGACUAGCGGUCGACCGCGGGUGGCGCGGCGGUCGAUCGCAAACAUGUACACAAGUUGGGAAACUCUCUGGAUUUUUGGUGGUUGAUCGCGACCGAACCCUGGAGUUGGGUUGACCUCUGGAGUUUUUGCGGUCGACCGCGACAUGGGUUCGGCGGUCGACCGCGUAGCGGGUUUGGGCUUGUUUCGUUUCCUGUUCUGAUUGGGUUUGUUGUUUGAUAUAAAUAGUGAUCACGUUUUUUAGGGUAUUCUAUUGAUUGAUUGGGUA